GAGUUAGCAGCAAAUGGCGUUGUUCAGUGUCGACCAUGGAAGAGCUCCAUUAUCUACCGUAGUGACUAGCGGCAAGAAAGAAACGAUCGCUUGAUGUCCGUGCACACCUCCGGUGAAAUUGGAGACCUUCAGUGAAAAAAUCAGUGCUCGAACUGGUACUGGUAAGGAGAUAGCUGGUUGAAAGAAGAAGAAGAAGAAUAUGACGACACGAAAAUCGUGAAAUCGCGUAUGAACGAAUUCUCCCGUGGACAACUGAAGGUUCUGUGGCAUGUGGAUGUAUUCAGACGCAGUUUCAGACAGUUCAAAGGUCACACAUGUGUGGGCGAAUCUUGCAUCUUCUGUGCUCUUCAGGAGAAGAUACUGGAGCAGAUUCAUUUCCACCUGACUGGCAGUGAUGACCUCGACUCUUGUUCUGCAGCUCACUGUCUCUCUCAUCAGAAAUGCUCUCUCAGUGUCUUCGAGAUGGCACUAUUCGUACAGUUCCAACACAGCAGUCAGUCGGCCCUGCCACCAGACGACCCAUGAUGCCACUGGCGUUGGAUGACCGUAUAAAGCCUGCCUGCACGAACCUGCGCUUGAAGUAGUCCAAGUCGUGCGACAUGGCCCCGACAAUAUCAUCGUGGUUCCGCCGCAAGGCGUUGAUCUCGGGAACCUCAGUCAUGCUUUGUUGUUGUGCUUGUACACACCAUUUGGCGCAUGCGUACCAUAAACGACCUAUCCUAACAUCACCUCUUUUCGAGAUCACUUUGCGUCUGUGCGUAUUAUUCCCUUCUUAACUUUACUCAUUCCCUACUAAACUUUUUUUUAUUUUUUUCAGAUUAUGAACACACCCUAUGAUCCAGUGGAUAAGUUUGGAUUCACAUAGCUACCAGGUGUAGCCUCAUCUUGAGCCUAGCCCCACGGCAGACCCUGUGGGAUGAGGCUCCGAUCCAUACACCUUGCCACAGAACCACUGGACCUGUAGCCACAAUCUUCAAAACUGUUGUUCAUAUAUCUUCCAGUGUGUAAUUGACCACGCAAUGCUACACAUAUUCCAUAAAAUAACG